ACAGUCAGAGGAAUCGGAUUUGAAUUUCAGUAAAAUCUCAUCUUCUUUAGAACUUUAUCCCAAUACUGAGUCUAUCGAUAAUAAACAGAACUAUAUUAAUAAUGACAAAAAAAAGAAGAAAAAAGAUAAGAAACAACAAAAGGGAAAUAAAUCUAAUAAAUUGUCAAUCGAAUCAGAAAUGAAUAUUCAAAAAAAAAAGAAAUGAUAUCGACAGAAUAAUGAUGCUCGACGUCAAGAAGAAAUAUAUACUGAUAAAGAUCGUGCCGCUGCAGUAAAUAUGGGAACUAAAGAUAUUAAACAAUCAUUGAAAAUAAAGCAAAAACAAGAUCGCGAUUUACAAUUGCCAGAAGAUACUGAGCCGACAGCUAUAUUAGCUUUAGGAUUGCGUGAGAUGCGAAUUGGUGAUGUUAAAAUAGCAAUGAAUUGUAUUAAUAAGGCAUUGGAUCUUGAGCCAAAUGAUAAUAAUGCGUUAAUAGCACGAAGUAAAUGUCAUCUUUUAUUAGGAGAACCACAAAAAGCAUUGCAAGAUGCAGAAAAUGCAUUACAAUAUAAAAUGAAAAAUGCAAAUAUGGCUAAUGCAAUAUAUUGUAAAGCAGAAGCUUUAUAUUAUCUUGGUGAUUUUGAAAUGAGUCUUGUAUAUUAUUACCGUGGCAUGAGAAUCCGUCCAGAAUAUGGACAAUUUCGUCUUGGUGUUCAAAAAGCAAAAAAUGCAAUAAAAAAUAUAUUGCAUAAAAAUUAAAUAGUU